CGCUCCUUUUCCAAGAGACAUUUUUAGACAUUUUGUAGUUCUAAUGCAGCUUUUUUCAAUUGGCAGAAAUGGGCUUCCAUACACAACUGAUCUUUUUCUGGUGUUUUUCUACACAAAAAAAUAGCUUGGUUUAUUAUGGCAUUAUGGUUUUAAUUUCAUUUCAGAAUUUUGGUAAAUUGUCUGACCUUUGUUUCAGCACUGUGAACCCCAUGGCUGAUACCUCAGAAGAUGAGGCAUUUGAAGAUGCCAGUGAUUUCCAUAAAGAUGAAGAGUCAUGCUUAUGCACAUCAUUAACAAGUCAGUCAUUAGAAGAUGACAGCAAAGAAAAUUGUCUACUAACAGAUGAUGUUCCAGCUCCAGGUGACCUGACCAUACAGAGCAUCAGCACCCACUCUGCUGUUCUUAUUUGGGACCCACCUGAGGGGAUAGUCACCUUUGAGCUCAGCUUCUUCACCGAUGGAGAACAGGCAGAGACCAGGACCACCAACUCCAACAGUGCUGAAGUGGAGAAGUUGAAACCUGGGACAGAGUACACCUUCAGUGUUGCCUCGGUCACAGAGAAGGAUCGGCGGAGUUCGCCAGUCACUGUGACCACACACACUAAACCGGUUCCUCCAGAGAGAAUCAAGGUGAACCAUGUCAGUGCAGACUCUGUUUCCCUCAGCUGGGAGUCACCUGACUUCCCGGUGGGGGAGUACCAUGUGACCUGCUGGCAGGGAGAUCAACUCGUCCAGGAGAUGGCAACCAAGUCCAAUAAGACUACAUUCAACAACCUCUUAUCAGAUGUUCAGUAUUCCAUAAAGGUCACAUCUGUUCUUGUGAAUGGCAGUGAGAGCAAGAUGGCCACCAGAUAUGCACACACAAAGACCAAUCUAAUGGGCCUUCUGGUCAAACUGGGGUUAGUGGACCACUUCAAGGACAAGCUCUCACUCAGCACUGUUCUUCAAAUCAGUGAGAAGACCAUCACCGAUAAAGCACCUACAUCUCUGUCAUCCUUGCCUUGGUGUUUCUUAAAGAGAUUAAUGAUGGUAAAUGUGACAGCUAGAAGUGUGAAAUGUGUUUCAACUGUUGAUGACAACUUGGACAGUGCAGACUUUGAUAUUUACAAUGACUUGGACAGCUUGGUGGAUUGCAUGGACUCGAGCAUUGUGAUAAACCCCUUAGAUAUUGUGACUGCUCUGUUUCUGUGUUCCGAUGGCUUUCUGCAGCAGGAGAUGGCCUUGAAAAUGUCUAUGUGUCAGUUCUCCGUGCCUUUGCUUCUCCCAUCUUGUGAUACAAACCAGCCAAUGUUUAUGGUCUGGGCUUUGCGGGAUAUUGUUAAGAAGUUCAGACCACACUCUCUGGGGGAUCCUAGGGGAUUUGUAGAAGAGAGGAUUGUUCUUUCUACUCUGCCAAUGGUAUCGUUUGUCAGGUUAGGUGAAUGUGGCUUUUCAAAAUCACAAAUCCUCAACAAGUUGCUCAGCAACCCUCAGCAAUACCAUGACACCUUCCUUCACCAUGAUAUGGACUGUGGGGACAGUCCACGGAAGAUCUCUGACGGAUUGGUGGAAAUUAGCUGGUACCUUCCUUGCGGUAACAAAAACAUUGACAUUUUUCCUGAGCCGGUGGCUGUGGCCAACUUAAGAGGUGACAUUCGCUCGUUUGAAACACAGUACUCCUUCUUGUGUCAGACAUCUUCAGCUGUUUUUGUCUUUUUUGACAGUUUGGAUACAGAACACAAAAUACUGACAACUCAACAUCACAAGGCACAGUUGUUCUUGGUGGGCAAUGCUCAAAACAAGAACUUCAACGUGAAUGACUUGAAGCUGGUAGCCUCAGAACUGAACUUGAAGAAAGCCAAUAUAAUUCUUAAAGUCAAACAAAUGAAUAAUGCAGACUUUGUGAAAAAUCUGCGUUCAACCAUAACAAAUUGGCUGAAGAGUGACCCAUCCAAAAUGCAGCUGGAACAGAUGUCUGACAUUGCCCAUGAGCUUGGCAUCCGUGUAGAUGAGGACAACAGGGAAUGCCAGAAUGCAAAGAUAAACGCAUUUGAAAUAACUACAAAAAUUGAGGACACAUCACAGUUCAAGGAGAGCCAACUGCCCUUGCAAGGGAAGAUUUGGAAGGAGCUGGCAAAACUUGAAAAGGAAGAGUGUAGACUAAGAAAAGCUGGAGAUCAGAAUAUUGAGAACUACAAGAGUGAGCUUCAGACACAAAAGAGGAACCUUAGGAAAGAGCAGCGUAGCUACAACAUGUCAGGGGCCAUGACAUGUUUCAUUAAUGCAUUAUCAAUGUCUGGACUAGAGAGGGCUUACUUUUUGAAAUGGAUGAGAAUGAAUUUGGAUAACUUGUCAAGGAAAAGUCUCACAGGACUUCGAGACCAAUACAAGGAAAAAUGCCAGGAUUCAGUGGUAAAUAAAAAAGAAAUCAAAGAACUUGACAAACAGAUUUCCAACAGCUCUUUGGGAAUAGAGCACUUUGUGCGAGAGAUGGGCCAGCUCUAUGAAUCCACGUUAACCCUACCAAAAACUUCGAAAGUCCGACAACAAAUGGUGCAUUUGCCUGACCUGUGUGCCAAGUUACUGCUAGAUGGCUUUCCUCUGGAACUUGUGGAUGGGGAUGCCUCCAACAUACCGUUGAACUGGGUGAGGGAUGUGUUACUGAAGCUUGAUCAUCUGGUAAAGCCCAGAAACAAGAUCCUUGUGGUUACUGUCUUAGGGGUCCAGAGCACUGGAAAGUCCACACUCCUUAACACCAUGUUUGGGGUACAGUUUGCUGUUAGUAGUGGGAGAUGUACAAGGGGAGCUUUCAUGCUGCUCAUAAAAGUCGAUGAUGACCUUCGUAAUGAGAUGGAUUGUGAUUACUUGAUGAUAAUUGACACAGAGGGAUUGAAGUCUCCAGAACUGGCUCAGCUUGAUGACAGCUACGAACAUGACAAUGAGUUGGCUACGCUUGUGGUCGGACUCAGUGACAUCACAAUAAUAAACAUCGCCAUGGAGAACUCUACGGAAAUGAAAGACAUUCUCCAGAUUGUGGUGCAUGCGUUUCUAAGGAUGAAAGAGGUGGGAAAGAAACCGAUUUGUCAGUUUGUGCACCAGAAUGUGGCUGACGUCUCUGCACAUGAUAAAAACUUGAGGGACAGGAAGCUCCUUCUGGAACAACUAAAUGAAAUGACACAAGCUGCAGCCAAAAUGGAGGGCAAGGAGGAGAACCAGAAGUUCACAGACGUGAUGGAGUAUGACCCAGAAAGAGGAAACUGGUACAUUCCUGGAUUAUGGCACGGAAAUCCUCCUAUGGCUCCUGUCAACGCAGGUUAUAGUGAGGCUGUCUAUGAUUUCAAGAAGACCAUGGUCCAAGUGUUUGGAAACUGUAAGACGUCUGGAAGCAACAUCAAGGAUUUCCUGGAGUGGACAAAGAGUCUGUGGAAUGCUGUGAAGUACGAGAAUUUCAUAUUCAGCUUCAGAAACAGUUUAGUGGCAGACGCCUACAUGCGGCUAUGCACGGAGUACAAUAAAUGGGAGUGGGAUUUCAAGAAGCACAUGUACUCAUGGCUCACCAGCGCUGAAACCAAAAUCUCCAACUUUGAGGUGACCAGGACUGAAAUGGACAAUGACAUCAAUGACUUUCUUUGCCAGUUGAAAACCAAGGCUGUCCUAGAACUUGACCAGAGGGAAAAAGUCGUUCUUAACAGUCUGACAGAGUACUUCAAGCAGACAGAGGGUCAUGUCUUUCUUGUGGAGCGAUACCGUGAGGAUUUUUCCAGCAGUGCAAAAUGUCUCAGAAGAGACUUGCAGAAUUCCGUGCAAAGCAAACUCGAAAUGGCUGUUUCCAUUAGUAAGGGCAUGAACAAAUUAGAAAGGAUUAAAAAAUCCCACACUGAUGUCAUGGAAAGGAAAGUGCUGCAGCUUCUUGAAAAAUGUAAAACCAGCAGUUCAAAGAAGACUGAUCCAGAACUCCAGGAAAUCUUUGAGAGGGUGUGGGAAGAAACUGUGUCUGAAGUAGCAUCCCAUGGAUUGAAGAGAAGGGACAUUGUGAGCGAUGUACACAAUCACCUGAGGUCAAAUUUGAAACAGAGAGGAGGUUCAGUGAAUGAAAUGAUUAACAAAGUCAAUCUGUCAGAGUGUGGUACACAACCUUUCAUUGUAAGUCCUGAGAAUUUUUUUCAGAAAGUAUUUCAUAAUGUUAAAAACUUUUUCUCUGAAGACAACCAAAUGAUGGCCCAGGAAGUAGCAGACAAUCUCAUUCAGAAUUGCUUGUCAUUUGUUGAAGAAAAAUGUUGUGGAACAUCUGACUAUUAUGAAACCUACAUUCAAGAGAUUCUACACAAGAUUGACAACACAUUAUCCUCCAACCGUAAGUUUCAAAAGGAUGAAUUUGAAGUUUCUCUAAAACUCCAUAUUUGUGGAAUUGCCGCCAAACGUUUUCAGGACAUGCACAAUCGCUUCAUACAUGAUAAUGAUCCAAAUAGGUGCCUUCAGCAUUUCAAAGAAAAGUACUUUGCAGAUUUCAAAGACCUGUACAAUGAGCGAGAUCAGUGCAAGAGGAAAGCAGAACAAUUUACAACGUUAUGCCUCCAACCUGCUGUGGAGUUUUGGAUUGCAGCCUCUCUAGGUCCAGACAUAGUUGAUGAAAUACUGAUGGGAAAGAAUGCACUUCAGUUUAGCACAAGAGCAUUUUUUCAGUAUUCACUCCUAAGAGAGUUGCUCUUGGAAUGCAACUUUACAAAUUAUGAGAGAUACAUCUGCUCUUAUGAGGAUUUUGUGAAAGACUGGAUAUAUGGCCGCAUCAAGGAACACUUUGAAAAUGGAAAUAAGAUGUCUCAACUGGAGGACAAGUACCUCAAGACAAUCUUAAAAGAUAUCCUCAAGGCUAUUCAGACUGCACAGAAGCAGACAAAUUCAGGGGCCACCGUUAAGAAAUUCAUUCAGAACAUUUGUAGAGAACUUGAAGCAAAACUGGCCAUUCCCAAGGAUGUUCUAGAUGCCGUCAUGGCUCUUAGCAAUGCAAAGGUGGAACCAUUUGCCCAGUCGCUCUCAGGGUUCAUCCAAGACCUUGAACGAUCACUGAAAGAGAAGUUCCUAAAGCUAGAUACUCAAGCAAGACUCCAAACUCUCAGGAUGAAACCACAGGAUGAGCUGUUCAAACGAGUCUUCGGAUGUGGCAAGCAGUGUCCAUUCUGCAAAGCACCCUGUGAGGCUGGUGGGGAGGCUCACACAGAUCACUGUGCUUCAAUCCACAGGCCUAAGGGUCUGGGUAUGUACCGAUGGGAACAAAGUGAGAAACUAACUAUUGAUAUUUGCUCCUCAUCUGUGUUCAGUGACAUUCAGUUCAGAUGCUCGGAGACAAAGUAUCAGUGGCAUCCUUAUAAGAAAUAUCGUGAGAUUUUCCCUGAUUGGCACAUUCCAGCAGACCCCAGUAUUCAAGCCUCAGAUUACUGGAAGUAUGUCAUGGUAAAAUUCAACACACAGUUUGCAGUUCACUACAGGGCAAAGCCAGCUGAUAUUCCUCCUGAAUGGAAAAGAAUCACCAAAGAACAGGCUGAGAAUAGCUUGAAGGAAUCAUUCAGUAUCAAGUAAAUCACAAAUAUAUAUAAAAGUGUUCUCCAAUGUUUUCUCAUUUAGCCUUUUAAAAUGAUGAACAGAAUGUGUCUGGAACAUUGGAUGAAUGUUUGCUAAAAAUGGGCAAUGAAGAUAUUGCAUUAAAAAUCAGCCAUUUCUUUCUUCAACAGUCAAGAACCCUUUUGCAAUUACUGUAUGAAAGCACACGAUGCAAUCUGAAAACUGCUGCCCAGAUUAAAAAAAAACAAUCAACUGAUCUCAGCUGGUAUUCUGUCUAUAAUGGAGUGGAAUGGAAAUUUCUAAGUGACCCCAAACUUUUGACCGGUAGUGUAUAGUUUAAAUGAGUUAGAAAAUGAUCAAUCCUGAGUGUGUUUGUACUUCAAUGAUCUUUCAAAAUAACAAGUAGGUAGAUGGACUUUUGACUUGUUUGAUUGUUUUUUGCUCCAUUAUAUUUUUCAGUGUGCACAUGCAGAAUAAACAAUGAUACUCUUCCGGUUAAUUUAGCAUUUUGAUAGGUGAGAGUGAUAGAAAACAUGGGGGUAAUAAAAUAUGAAUUUAUCAGUAGGUGCAAGGUUCAAACUGUUAAAGAAGCAAUUAUUUGUGUACUUUCGUGAUAACUGUUAUGGUAGUUGCAUCAUUGAACAUUGAUCUGAUCUUUAUUGAGAAAUCUGCAUUUUUUUCCCUAAUAAAAUAUGUAAUCUGUA